AUGUCACACAGAGAUGGAGGCCGCCUCAAGGAUGAGGGCUCUAGGCUGCAAGUCGUGUCGGCCGGCGCGAUAGCGGGUCUGGUAUCUCGCUUCGUCGUCGCGCCUCUCGACGUCGUCAAGAUCCGCCUUCAACUCCAGCCGCACUCCCUCUCCGAUCCCCUCCUCCCCCUUCGCAACGCACCGGCUUAUCGCGGCACUUUCGCAACCCUCCAGCACAUCAUCAAGCAUGAGGGCGUCACCGGACUCUGGAAGGGCAACGUCCCUGCCGAGCUGAUGUAUGUCUGCUACGCCGCCAUACAGUUUACCACCUACCGUACCACCACCCUCUUCCUCCAAAACUCCUUCCAGAACCGCCUCCCCGAUGCCGCCGAGAGCUUCAUUGCCGGUGCCACCUCCGGCGCCACCGCUACGAGCCUUACAUACCCCCUCGACCUCCUGCGCACACGUUUUGCUGCACAGGGGCGUCAUCGAAUUUACAGGUCCUUGCGUAGCGCAGUCUGGGAGAUCAAACGUGAUGAGGGAUGGCGAGGGUUCUUCCGUGGCAUUGGCCCAGGCCUUGGCCAGAUCGUCCCCUUUAUGGGCAUCUUCUUUGCCACAUAUGAGUCGCUUCGGGUAUCUUUCGAAGGCUUGCAUAUGCCCUGGGGUAGCGGUGAUGCCACUGCCGGCAUGCUUGCAAGCAUCUUCUCCAAAACAGCCGUGUUCCCCCUCGACCUCGUGCGGAAACGUAUCCAAGUCCAAGGGCCCUCCCGGAGCAAGUAUGCAUAUAACAACAUCCCUGAGUAUUCCACGGCACGAGGAGCUAUCCGGUGCAUUAUUCGUACUGAGGGCUUUAGAGGCCUGUACAAGGGCCUCGCGAUCAGUCUUAUCAAGGCCGCGCCGGCGAGCGCUAUUACUCUCUGGACGUACGAGCAGAGCCUCGGAUUCAUGCUCGACUUCGACUCGGGCAGGGAGGUUGCCAUACGAGAUGAACUUUAG